AUGCCAGGUCUGGCGGCCGCAAGCCCUGCCCCAUCUGAGUCGCAGGAGAAGAAGCCGCUGAAGCCCUGCUGCGCCUGCCCGGAGACCAAGAAGGCGCGCGAUGCGUGCAUCAUUGAGAAAGGAGAAGAGCAAUGUGGACACCUAAUUGAAGCCCACAAGGAGUGCAUGAGAGCCCUGGGAUUUAAGAUAUGA